CGCUAUCCCUGCUGUACCUCUUCGCCUCAUACAGAAGGUGUUAUUCGCAAGGGCUUCGGUCCACCCGACGCCCUGAAUAGUUUGACCUGGCCGUUGCCACAGUCAUGGCAUCGCGCCGCAGAGCUAGCCGACGCUUUCCUCUACAAUGAUGCGGUAAUGCGACGCAACCUCCUGGAUGACGGCAUGGAUAUCGUUCCCGGCUGCGCCCCGGAAUAUAGCCUGAACAAGCGCCAGCGCUGGACACUACCGGAACGCCUGCGAGAACUCGCGGAGGAUGCAGCUGACGACGUCCGCGACCUUAACCUGCAUCUUACGGUACACUGCUACCAAACAUACCCCUGGUUCUAUCGCUACAAUGGGAGCACUCUCAGCUUAACAUCGACGAAAUUUGCGGCUAAUGCGAACGAUAAUGGGGACGAGGGCGCAUCUUUGUGCACGAUUUAUCCUUCGCGGCCGGCACGGCCUGCGAAGCUAAAAAAUCUUUGGGAGAAAGGAAUGCCAGAUGCGGCUAAUACGAGAGAUAUUGCGAAAGUUGCCGCUGUAAACGACAUCGUUUAUGAAAUUGCUUUGCCAUGGCAGUAUGGCAAAUUCUACUUUCAUAAACAAUUUCACGCAAGAGUCACGAAGAUGUACCAAGCUUGCAGGGGAAGGAAAUCUUCAAUCAAAACAAAAGGCUGCCGCAACAAAGUCGGUCUGCAUUCGUCCAGUUACCGCCUUUUACCACCGGAAAAUUGUACUGAGUACGCGGAUGUGAUUCCAAAGGAUGUUGGGAUAUACCCCAUCGCGCUGCCAAGACAGCGGUGAAGAUGCUUAUUACGACGACAGCGACACUGGUGUACCAACUCCGCGAGCUCUCCAUAAAUAUAUUCCACUUCGAUCGCUUGGAAGAGUAUAUUCCUCAAUCUCCUAAAACGACAACAACAAAAAAGAAAAAAGCGGCUGUGGUAAAGGUUGCGGAAUUGGGUUACGAGCGUUGUGAAGAGAAGUAAAGCAACUGUGUAUUUUCGAUGCUUCCGAUGGUGUUAAAUGUUAAUAAGCCGUUAGUUAUGUAUUCCCGUUUUAAUAAGCAACUUCGCAAACGACUACUAAUCCUUUUUCGUGACUUAUUUACUUAUUUCUAUUUAAAACUGCUAAUUUUUUUGGUCAUGAAAUUAACACAUUAUGACAUUUCAAACAAAAAAAGUAGAAUGCUGCCGCUACUUUUUGCAGCCUUGG